AUGCUCGGCGCGGGAGGGUGUUUCGUACUCGGGUCGGACGCGGUCCACGAGCGACGUCACGGUUGGGCGAGCGUAGAAGACUCGCGCGAGCGCUGUACUGACCGAUUUCGCUUCGUUUUUACGUCGUCACGCAGGAUGUUCGAGACCUUCUCCUUCUUGCCGCCGCUCUCCGACGCCGAAAUCUCCAAGCAAGUGCAAUACUUGUUGAACAACGGCUGGACCCCGUGCAUCGAGUUCGAAGACUCCGCGCACGCGUACACCGACGGCCACGGCUGGGCGAACAUGGACACCUCCAUCAACGCCGGUUACUACGACAACCGUUACUGGGUUAUGUGGAAGCUCCCCAUGUACGGCUGCCAAAACCCGGAUGAAGUCAUUGCGGAAAUCAACACCUGCAUCAAGUGCUUCCCGGAUUGCUACGUCCGCGUCGCUGGCUUCGACAACAUCAAGCAAGUGCAAUGCUCCGCGUUCUUGGCUCACCGCCCGGCGUCCGAAGCUGCGUGCGCCGUUGACCAGCGCCAAGUCCAAGGGUAA